AUGAACGUGAUCUACUCGGUAAAAGAUUACGUGAGCCACGUGUUCCAGCCGGAUUCGAGCUCUGGUGCGAUCGACGUCGUGGCUGUGCAACAGGCCGAUGGCUCCUUGCGCUGCUCGCCUUUCUACGUGCACUUUGGUCCUUGCAAUAAAGUGGUCACGCAGGACGAGAAACCGCUGGUGACGCUCGAAAUGAAUGGUCAAGUGGUGGACGGUGUCCGGAUGAAGCUGGAUCGUACUGGAGAAGCCUAUUUUGUUCACCAAGUGCACGACCUUGUAGAUGAACACGAUUACGCCACCUCGCCAUUGUCAAGUCCUUCCAGCAGCAAUGGAGAUGCGGCUGAACUGGACGUGACUGACUCGUUUGUUGCCGAAGAUUUAAACGGAUUGGAACUGGAAGAAGAUGCUGGACAAGGUCUGCGAAAAUGGACGUGGAGAAGGGAUGCUCGGCCAAUUGUGCAGUCGAAACAUGACGAUGCAGCGCAAGAGGAGAAAUGGUUGCCAGGUCUUGGGGAGAGCGAGUCAAUGUACUUUGAUGCCGUGGAUAUUGAAGCAGCAGGCAGAGAAGAUGGCAGCUACUACAACCAUCCGUCCAUGUCUCUUUGUGGUCAUUUACUCGAUGGAGCUAAAGAGUGGGAAGACAUUCGACGUAUCUUCUUCGAGCAUCUGAUCACGUUUGACGUUUUCCGAGCCAACUCGGCACGUAUCUUGGUAGACCCGAGCUUGCGGUUUUUCGUGGACGGGAAAGUGGUGUCCUAUGAUGCGGACAUGCAAGCGUACCUUGCUUCUCGAGUGUUGUUCCCGUACUCUCAACAUUUGCUGGUGGGUGCUUCGUCAGCUGUAAACAACGAUGUAUCAACGAAAUCGCAAGCAGUCGGUGUCGCAUGCAGAGCCAAGGAUCAAGACGACGGCGAUAUGUGUAUCGAGUCUGCGUUCACUUCUCGCUCGGCACUUGGUCGUGGACCUAUUGAUUUGGACUCGCUUGGCAAAGUUUGCAGUGAUGAUGGUGCAUCAACUCAAGACACUGCGAGUGUUAGUAGUGAGCCAUGUUUUCGAAAGAGCUUGAGGCCUUCUCAAGAAGAGCUUCUGGCGAUGGGGUUACGUGUCGGGAUCAACGAGAUCGCGUUUGUGCUAACAUCACGAGGUACAAAUGAGAUAGCUCGCGUGACAGCAAGUUUGUACUUGUGGCCAGUUACGACAAAGGUUGUCAUUGCUCAGAUCGAUGGAGCCAUUUCAAGUCGAGCUGCGACUGGCAGCAUGUUCAGGCGCAAGGAUCCAGCUGCAAUGCAUUCAGGAGCAGUCGGGUUUUACACGAAGCUGGUACAAAACGGUUAUCAAGUCGUCUACGUCACCUGUCGCGGUCUUUCGCAGGUCAAUUUGCUCCACACCCUGCUCGGUAAAACUACUGGAGACGACGGGGACAUGACACUACCAACGGGUCCGGUACUGUUUUCACCUGAUCGUCUUCUGCCUACGUCCAGCCUUGGGGUAAUUGACGUGCAAGAUUUCAAAGUAGCUGCUCUCGAUGCGUUGCGGUCUCUCUUUCCUCGCUGUUUGAACCCGUUCUACGCGGCAUUUGGGACGACUGAGACGGACAGCAUUGAACUUACACAAGCUGGUGUGUUUCCAGGGAAGGUGUUCAUCGUCAACCCUGCUAGUGGAAGUCUUCGACACCAUUCUUUGACAAGAUUCCAGGAGUCGUAUGAAAGUCUCGUGAAGCGGAUGGACACGAUGUUUCCACCCGUCUACUCUCCAAUGAUGCAAUUGACGAGUACUUCCCAAAUUGGUUUCCAGCUAGCUAUGCAAAAACUUCAUCAGGGGGUUGGUAACCCAACUCCAGGAAUAUCGUUGAUCACGAACCAAGAACGGUUGGUAUCAGAUGCAGUGGCGUCGUUAGUCCGGACACGCAGUUUUGCUGAUGAGGCGUACAAUGACGUCAACUUCUGGCGGAUUGAGCCAGGCAUUGUCUAA